AUGGAUCCGAGCCGCCCUCUGCUUCGGCGCGGCGCCUUCCUCUCCUCUUCCGUCCACGCUGCAACCGCCCUCCUCCUAGUCGUCGUCGUCCUCGUCCUCGUCACGCUCCUCCGCCUCCCCCUCUCCACCUCCCCACACGCCGCCGCCACCCUCACCGACCAGAAGCCUCAGGAGCAGACCUGCGAUCCUACCUCCCCACUCGACUGCGCAGACCCGCGCUUGUUCCAUCUCAUGAUGCGCAGCGCCAUCGAAGCCUUCCCGGCCGUCCAUUUCGCCCGCUUCGGCCGGCCCGUCCCUGGUGAACCCCCAUCCUCCUCUUGCGACAUGGCCUGGCGCGCCCGCUCAGACUCCGAUUCCCCCUCCAAGGCCACUACCAAGGACUACCGCCGCUUCGCCAUCGCCCGCGACCCCCACACAUGCGCCUAUUCCGUCCUCUCAAUCGGCGAUUACCAUUCCGGCCCCAACGCUCGCAAGCCCCGCCCCGGCGCCACUAAUGCCACCAUCGCCACUCCGCCACCGCCUGCGCUCUCCCGCUCCCAGUUCAUCCAGGGCGCGUACAUCGCUUACCUCGGCGGCGGCGAUCGCUGCAAGCCCAUGCCACACUACCUGCGCAGCCUCCUCUGCGCCCUCGCCGAGGCUCGCUACCUAAACCGCACCCUCGUCCUCGAUCUCACACUCUGCCUCGCUGCCUCCUAUGCCGCCCCCGGGACGGGGGGAAUGCCUGAGGAAGGCAAGCGCCUUGCCUUCUACAUCGACGUCGAGCACCUACACUCCCAGGUCCCCAUCAUUGAGGAGAGACAGUUCUGGGCGGACUGGGACAGUUGGGGGGUGCAGGGCCAACUCCGGGCACGCCUCAUUGAGGACACCAAGCUUGCACCUAUAAAGUCCUCCAAGGUGAGGGACACCCUCAUCGUCAGGAAAUUCGGAGACGUCGAGCCAGGGAACUACUGGUACAAUGUCUGUGAGGGUGAGGCAAAGCAUUUGCUACGCCCAUCGCGCUCGGUGAUGCGCUGGGUACCAAGCUUGAUGCACAUUGUUGAUGAUAUCAUCUCAAGGAUGCAACCAGCCUUUGAUUCGGUCCAUAUGAAUGCCAAGGGUGAGGACCUCAGACAGAGGGUUGAGGAAGUUCUUGGUGGAGGGCGGCAGGUGUAUGUUGCGGGGGAGGGGGUCAACAGUGCGUUGCUGGAGUCACUUAAGGCAAAGCGCAUUAUACAUUAUCUGGAUGAAUUUGAGGACCUGUGGGGGACAGACAGCAAGUGGUUCUUGGAGAUGAAGAGGCUAAAUGGCGGUGUUCCUGUGGAGUUUGAUGGGUACAUGCGUGAGGUUGUUGAUAGAGAGGUCUUCCUCAAGGGGAAGAAGAAGGUGGAGGUGCUCCGGUGA